UAUAUCACAACAUAACAUAGCCAGCCCUUUAGCUAGCAACGAAGCACAAGGAAGGAAGAGAGAUUGAUUCAACACUUCUGUAUUUCCAUUUCAACUUCAAAUGGCAACAACUGUGAUGACUACUCUCCCUCAAUUCAGUGGCCUUAGACCCAAAUUUUCAGCAACACCUGUGCAGAAUUUGGUUACUGUCCAACCCAUGAGGCGUAAGGGAAAUGGUGCUUUGGGAGCUCGCUGUGACUUCAUUGGCUCACCCACUAAUCUGAUUAUGGUAGCUUCUACAACCCUGAUGCUGUUUGCUGGAAGGUUUGGAUUAGCCCCGUCAGCAAAUAGGAAAGCCACUGCAGGGCUAAAGCUGGAGGUGAGGGACUCAGGCUUGCAGACUGGUGACCCAGCCGGGUUCACACUUGCUGAUACGUUGGCCUGUGGAACUGUUGGUCACAUCAUUGGGGUUGGGGUUGUGCUUGGUCUUAAGAACAUAGGCUCACUGUAAAAUUAUUGGAACUAUGUGGUAAUUGAAUGUAUCUGAAUGUAAUCAAUUUCAUUUCAUGUCCUUUAUUUUUCACUUCACUAA